CAUUCCUAUGUGGAAGAUCAUUGAAGGCAUUGAAUUGGUUCCAAAAACUGGGGCACAGCCAACCGGACUGAAGAUGUUAGACCCAAUGAAGGCGAUUCCGCAUGAUGAUCUGGUGAAUUUGCUGAAACUUUGUUGGGAAUGGCGCCAGGACCCAAAUUUGGUGAUGCAAUUUGGCAACGUGGAAGCUGAGAUUGAAUUCUUCGCUUCCCUCGUGAAAGCUGAUGGUUGGCUGAAAGGAGAUCACAUUGAUUUGGGGUUGUAUCUCAUCCGGAAGCGACAACAACAGUUUGAGGAAGUAGAAAUAGCGGACUAGACAACGACACAUGUUUUUUUAUGAAUCACAUUCGAACUUGCUUUGCGGAUAAUAAAAGAAAAAAACAGCAGCUUGGGUGGAAAAUCAGAAAAAGUUUACUAAACGUUGUAAAUGGGAAGGUUCCUCCG